UCAUUCAACUGUUGCCUGCACUCUCUAGACGGUCUUUUGGAUCGACGCUGCACGCUGGAAGUAUAUUAGCCCGUAGUUUUCUAAUGAAGUGUGGGUGGAUUUAUAGGAUACUGGGAUUUUCGCACGCGUGUUUAGGACUUGGCAUUUCCGUGUUUGUAACACUUUAGUAAACAGCAAUCGGUGAAAUAGAAAUUCGGAGCUGCUCAAUUUUUUUUUCACCUAGCUAUAGCUACAAUAGUUUGAGCGUGACAAUUUGUCUGUUCAUCUCAUUUUACGCAAAAAUCACGGUCUUGUGAUUAAAUUGUAAGUGUUCCUAAUUGAAUUUCGUGUAAGUGAAGGAGGAAGCAGAACCAAAUACCUUCUCGUUUCGUACGAGCGGAGAAAAAUUAAGAUGGCUGCUCAAACACCCUUAGGAGCCAACUCCAGCUUCGUUCUCGAUCAAGGCUUCGAAACGUACGGUCCGCUUGACAACGUGGACGCUUUCAUCGACUCUCAGUUUGCGUACGCUUUGGAAGGCGAAGAAGACUCUCACGGCGGAGCUCAGGUGUUUGAGAGCAAAAUGGAGGUGCAAAACUUGGAAGCUGGCUGCGUGGCUUCGUUGCAGAGCUUCACGUUUGGAACCGAAACGCAGUUGAACUUGGACAGCACAAUUUCAUUAUCUUCGCUUCAGGAACAUCUAGGAGGUCAUUCGAUGUGUCCCUACUGUCGACGAAGUUUAGAAACAGAUGACCUUGAGAACAUUUGUCGUGCAGCACGCUCAGACGGCGAUUUAAACAAGAUCGAUGAUGAAACCAAAGCAGAUGAGAUGACGAACCGACAUGCGAUUCAUGAUGGGGUUGAAGGAAGAGGAGAUGCAAUUGAACCAAGGAAGUCUGUGGUAACAGAAUUGCAGCUGGCAGAAAUAAGUGAUGAUGUGGGAACCUGCUGGCGUGAGUUAGGACCAAAGCUUGAUAUUGCAGCAUGCAAGAUUCAGAAUCUGGAUGAGGAGUACAAAUUAAAUCGAGACAAAGCCAAUGCUCUUCUCCUCAUUUGGAAACAGAAAGAAGGAAAUUGUGCACUGGCUGGAAUUCUCGCAGAUGCUUUGGAGAGAAUUGGAAGAAAAAGUAUUGCAGAAAAACUGCUUGGAGGGAGUGAAGUAAACACUUGUGUAUCAGUUGUUGAGGGCCAUUCAAUCAGUUUAACUGUUAGAUUUGAUUUUGAUGCUGAUCUGGACAAUAAGCUCAUGCUUUGUGAAGAUGCUCAAGGGAACAAAUAUAUGCUAAAAGCACUCAGCAGCAGUGACAAAUUUUGGAAUAUAGGCGAGAUUCUUAGCAAUAAACAAUUUAUGGAGACUGUUGCUGUAGCUGCACAAGAUAUGGCAAAAACGCCAGAACAAAGAAGGCAAGAGAGCUUAAAGCGUAUUUCAUCAGAAGUUCAUGAGCUGAGACAGAAAUUGAAGAAAGUCAAACUUGAUUGUGGAGAUGGUGAUCCAAUUGAUGGCAGUAGUUACUGCUCUAUAGUUGCUGUACAGCCUGCACCUCGGGAGAAGCAUCAACUGCAAGUUGAAAGGGUGGAGCAGAUGAUACAGUCGUGUGAAGAGCAGCAGCGCUUUUGUCAGGGAAUAUAUCAGGCUCUUAUUAGGUUGGUCGGUGAGGUUGGACAGCCCAGGGAGGAUAGUGCCAAGUGUAUUAGACAGCUUUGUGACUUUACCAAAGAACUACGGGAUCAGGAAAAGACACUUUUCUCUAAUAUUGAUUUAGUUCGUAACCAGCAUCUGGGUGAACACCAAGUCACUCGAAUAGAACAGUUAGAAAAAUGGAAGAGGGCACAGAAGGAACAAGUUGAAGGAGUUGAAAAACUAUUUGCAAGCGUGCUCCAACAAGGAAGUAUGGACAGAAGACAGUCUUAUGGGAAAAUGGAACGUCAGAAGAUUCAGAACCGCAGAUCAGAACCAAUUAUGUCCACCAAAACACCAACUGGAUAUGGACGAAGGAGAGCAAAGACUGACUCUUCAAAGCAUUCAGGCAAAUCACAAAGUAUGAAUGAACUUACAGAAGAAUCCAAGAAAAAUAACAUCUCCUCGCCAUUGUGUGUGCAGCGCAUGUGUUUAAUGGAUACUGACAAGAAAUCAAACAUGGAAAAGAAAGACAAUUCUUGAUUGAUCUUCUGAGGGAAGUGAGAAUUUUGGAGCCCAGAGGUUUAACCUAAAGGCGAGUUUCUCUGAACCAAAAGGAAUGUGAGAUUUGAUUGUAAAGGGUACUUGUUAGUACAUAAAAAUUGUGUUCUUUUUGUCAUGACAGUGUUAAUAAUUUUACAGAUUAGUUGUUAUGUAUCUCAGGUGUAAAGUGCUUAGUUUGUCUAGAAGAAGCUAAAACAUUUUCUGUGAAUAAUACUUUUAUUUUUUGCUCAUGUUUUAUGAUACAUGCAAAGAUGUUAAUGCAUGUAAAAAUUAUUUUUGUUGCUCAGUUAUUGUCAAAAGAGUGCUUUUUGCGUGUAAAAUGAAGGGGUACUAAUGUAAAUGUAUAUAGGUACUAAAGGGAACACACACGCAAACUUUUAUAUUGCAAUACAUUCUUAGUCAUUAUGAAAUAUCAUUUGGUUAUGGCAUGUUUGUUUGACUAAGUAAUGAAAUGAUGCAUGUGUAAAGGCAUUUAUUUCCCUGCAAGGAAAUAACUGUAUAUAGCUUUAAACAUUGUUGUGGCUGAAGGACAACAUGAAAUGAUUACUGUAGUCAUAGGCUGUAUAUGGCUGAAGAUAGCUCGGAGUAGCAACUUUUUGCAGAAAAUAUUAAAACCCAUAGUUGACAGAUUUGUUGCUGGAUCCACUAUACAAAGAAAUCCAGUUCUUUUCUAUCUCCUCCUUUUUAAAGACUUGUGAUUUUUACAUGACUGUCUACAAGUUAGAAUUGUUGCUUUUUAUGGAUCAAUCUAUUUGUCAGCUCCAUACAUUGGAAAUAUUGUCACUGGGAUGUUAUUGUGGAGCUGUAAGUAGUUUUUGUAAGAUUAAAAGAAUGGGUGACGAUAAAAUGAUCGUAAACAGUUCAUCCUAGGAUCCUGUCUUAGUGUAUUACAUAUUUUUUGAGGUGUAAUUUUUAAUUGGGAUCCAAAGAUGUUUUAUAAUUAUUAUUAUGCAGCAGUUUAAAACUUUUGUAUGCCAUAUACAAUAAGAAUAGAAUGACGGGGUGCAUGAGUGUAGCCCCUUAACUAUAGUGAAAUCAAAAUCUAUAUACUAAACAAACAAAAUUAUUAUUAUUAUUAUUAUUAUUAUUAUUAUUAUAUUUUACCAGCAUUGUUGUUUAGUUCCUAGAGAAUGGCCUUAUCUUAUCUGUAAAAUAGUUGUUGGAACUUGAACAUGCAAUAUUUUAUCCUAAACGUGUAUGGCUUUUAGGACAUAAAUUGCAUUUUGUUCAAAUAAGUUAUUUUAGGACAUGGAAACAUUUUGUUUCAUAGAUAUCAAGUAAUUUUAAGAUUAGGCAACAGUUUGUCUUGGAUUGUAGUUACUAAUUUAUGACAAAAAUUUGUUUCUGAAUCUAGAGGAAAAAAAGAAAAAAAUUCUUAUCAGAGUUUCAUUGCAGACAUACAAUGUAAACAAAUAAUUUGGUUGAAACAAAGACUACAUGUAAUUUGGAAGAUUAACUGGACAAAAUGUUUCCAAAAUCAAAACUGUGCAGUUAUUGUGAAGUUUUGUAUAAAGAGGUAUCUGGUUAUGCCUAUAUGCACCUUACAACUGCAGGUCAGUGAGGAUCACAUUCUUAUAAAGUAGAACACCCAGCGGGCUUGGUGUUACUGCAAGCCUGUAUCAUCAACAUGUACAGUUUUAUUUGGUAAUAUACAUUAUUAUCCACUCUGCAAGCAUCCACACAUUUCAAAAGCCAGAAUUUCACCUUUGUUCUACUCUGCCCAAGGAAACCCUGAAAUUAGGUUAGAAACCUUAUUUAUUUCCAGCAGCAAAUUAUAUUAUAAGCAGUUUCUUUUCUGGGACAAUGGUGAAAACAAAUUGAUACCCACACGUUCAGAUUUUGAGAUGUACAUAGGUAAAUAUGGAGGGAUCCAGAGUUACAUAGUUUUGGGGAGGAAAUGCCAUGUUCCCACCAAUCACAGAGCUCCAUUUUCUGCCUUUAAAAGCACACACAACCCACAAUUUCCCUAUUCGCUCCGACAUAGUUAGUAGAGGGGGCCAUAGUUAUUCCCCUCUACUAUGGCUCCGACGAAGGGCUAACGCUCGAAACGUCAGCUUUUAUAAUCGUAACGGUGGCCAAUUUACCAUUUCAACUUUGUUGAUAUAUUCAAAUUACUUCGACGCAGCCCUAAACAGUUUCUUUAGAAACUAUCAGCUUUAAUUAAUAUAAUAACCUGGAAUAUUAAAGUGGAAAUUGUUCUUGAGAUACCAGUGUAAUUUUGGUGUGGUUUCAUAUGCCCAAGCUGGUCCAUCAUUAAUAAUAGUUUAAGCCUGUGAAGCUGGCUGUAUUAUGGAAGUUAAUAUUAAUAAUAAAAGUACUAUUAUUUUCAUUGAGUUCCUGAAACCUGUCAGCUAUACAUGCUAAACAAUUCUGUGACUAGUUAUAACGCGUGUUUUAAAAUUUUCCUUUCUAAAGAUUGAAGGGUAGUUUGACCAGUAGUACUGUAGUGUAGCUCUUUUUUCUAGUAUUUCAAUGAAUGUUUUUAGUUCUCUUCUGAUGUAUUAUCAAAUCAAUUGAAAUAAAUUGGAAUUUCUUAUUACA